GUCCGAUUCAGAGUUGAGAUGUGAUAAUUGACAGGCACUAGUUUAUAAUUUGAUGUGUUGAGCAUUAAAAUUUGUUUAUUCCGGUGAUUGCAUUUACUAAAAUUUACUUAUAUAUACGUAGUGAUUAACAAUUUGUAGUCUUUGUAUAAAAGAAUAAAUUCGAUUUCUGAAUUCUGAAUCUACAAAAUAAGUAGUAAAACGUUAAAGGUUCGUUGUAAAAGAUAACAGAUGGAAGAACUAAAUUCGUCUGAACUAGGUUCACAAACCUACUGGCAGGAGACAUAUGUAAAGGAGCUAGAUAACUAUGAACAUAGUGGAGACAUUGGUGAUGUCUGGUUUGGAGAAGACAGUGCUUUGCGGGUCAUUAAAUGGAUUUGUGGCUGUGGUUUGGAAAAGGACUCACCUAUUAUUGAUUUAGGUUGUGGAAAUGGGUUUACACUAUCAUCAUUAGCUGAUGAGGGCUUUUCAAGUUUACUAGGUGUAGAUUACUGUGAGGAAGCUAUAGCUCUGGCAAAAAAAGUUAAUAAGGAAUAUACACUAUUAAAAUUUAAGAUUUUUGACAUAAUCAAUGAUGAUGCCACAGCACUUGGUAAAUUUGAUGUAGUACAUGAUAAAGGGACAUAUGAUGCAAUAUGUUUGAAUCCAAAUGUAAAGGAAUUCAGACCAAAAUAUAUACAACAAGUUGUUGACAUGUUAAACGAUAAUGGUGUGUUCGUCAUAACAUCGUGCAAUUGGACUGAAUCGGAAUUAAUAAAGCAAUUUAGUGAGAAAUUGAAAUUGAAAUGUGUAAUACCAACGCCGCAAUUUAAAUUUGGCGGGAAAGUUGGAAGUGUUGUUUCAUCUGUGGUGUUUGAAAAAGUAUUAAAAACUUAAAUUUAA